AUGAGUGCGUACGUGGCCAACCUAUACAAUGACUUGGGGUGUCCAGCCGAUGUACAAGUUAGUGCUUUUAUCCUCCCAGACAAUGUUUUAAGGUCCACGUAUAAUACAACGCUGAUUAGCUAUACGACAAAGCUGUUGAAUACGAUAUUGCUGAAUCAGGAUAAGAAGUUUCGACCUACGAAUCCAGACUCAUCACCGUUAAAUGUGGAAAUCGAUAUCAGCGUUCGAAGUAUGGGUCCAAUAUCCGAACAGGACAUGGAAUUCUCUCUCGAUUGCUACUUCCGACAGAAAUGGCUCGAUCGACGAUUAGCGUUCACUCCUAUUAAUCCAGAUAAACCAGUGAUGCCGCUGGCGAGCAAAAUGCUCAAAGAUAUAUGGGUGCCAGAUACUUACAUUCGGAACGGCCGUAAGUCUUACCUACAUACGCUCACCGUUCCGAAUAUUCUCUUUCGAGUAAGAUCUGAUGGUCAAGUUCAUGUCUCACAAAGGUUGACAAUUAAAACGAAAUGUCUCAUGUUUUUGAAGAAGUUCCCUAUGGAUGUUCAGGCUUGCCCCAUUGAAAUUGGAUCCUUGGGUUAUUUCUCCAAUGAUGUGGUUUACUACUGGAAAGAUGUUGAACUGGACGCGAAAAUGGGCAACAUGCUUUCGCAGUACAAGAUCCUCGGUCUCUUCAAAUCAGAGCACAACUUGUCCGAUCACCGAGAAAUUCAUCGAAUCUAUUUCAAGCUGCAACGGCAACAGGGUUAUUACGUACUACAAAUCUAUACUCCUUGCACCCUUCUAGUGGUGAUGUCGUGGGUGUCAUUCUGGAUUAACAAGGAGGCCUCGCCAGCUCGAGUAGCUCUAGGAAUUAUGACGGUGUUGUCCAUGUCUACUCUUGGCUUUGGGCUGCGCACCGACCUGCCAAAAGUCUCUCAUUCGACAGCGCUUGACAUCUAUAUUCUAAGCUGCUUUGGAUUUGUAUUCGCAGCAAUGGUCGAAUAUGCCGUUAUUAAUUAUGCGCAAAUCGUCUAUAUUCGGAAGCAGGUUCACGAUCUAAAAGGCUUGGAAUCGAACCGAGCUGUGAGUUAG